AUGAUCGCUUGUGAGUGGUGGGUGCCUGCUGCCAUCUCAGCUGUUGCCUUGGUCCUUUAUGCCCUCCUCUUGCUGACCUUUUACAUCCUGCUCAGCAGGAAAAUAGGGAGCAGCGAAACAUCUUCGGAGACCUCGGAGGACGCUGGGAGCAGCUCAGCCUGCCCACAGGGCUCCUGCUCAGGAGAAAACCUCAAUUACACAUCCCUGAUCUUCCCAGGGGGAGGCUGUGGGCCAGGCUCCCCCAGGGACUAUGAGAACACGAGGGCUGGGCUGGACUACGUCAACGUGGACCCCAAAAGCAACAAAGUGAAUUUCUGGUCCUGCUCCAGCUCUGUGGAGUACACCCAGGUGAAGCUGUGA